CCUCUCUCUAUUCCCCUUCUCUAGGUAUUAAAUGAAGAGUGUGACCAGAACUGGUACAAAGCAGAAUUGAACGGGAAAGACGGCUUCAUCCCCAAGAACUAUAUAGAGAUGAAAGCACAUCCGUGGUUCUUUGGGAAGAUCCCCCGGGCCAAGGCAGAGGAGAUGUUGAACAAACAGAGGCACGACGGGGCCUUCCUCAUCCGAGAGAGUGAGAGCGCGCCAGGGGACUUCUCCCUCUCUGUCAAGUUUGGAAAUGACGUCCAGCACUUCAAAGUCCUGCGUGAUGGGGCAGGAAAGUACUUCCUGUGGGUGGUGAAGUUCAACUCGCUCAACGAGCUGGUGGACUACCACCGCUCCACCUCUGUAUCCCGCAACCAGCAGAUCUUCCUGCGCGACAUUGAGCAGGUCCCCCAGCAUCCCACAUAUGUACAGGCGCUCUUUGACUUUGACCCCCAGGAGGAUGGCGAGCUGGGCUUCCGACGCGGAGACUUCAUCCAGGUCCUGGACAACUCUGACCCUAACUGGUGGAAGGGAGGAUGCCACGGGCAGACGGGCAUGUUCCCCCGCAACUACGUCACACCUGUCAACCGGAACAUGUAAACAAACAUCAACAACCACCCCAUACCCCCCCUCAACCCAUCAAGAAGACAUCAGGAGCAGAGAGGGAGAAUGCAACAUGGAAUGAAAAAAUUGAGGAGUAGUUCUGUCGAAGGCAUCACCUUGUCGGUGGCAGCUGAGCAAAGCCAACUUUUAACACUGAGAAAGUUCGCCUUCAUAGUGAACGCUUCAGUCAGAACUGAACUGUCAUUGAGGAAAGAAUACAGAGAAACUAAGCAUAGUGCACCGAAAGUGAAGAUAAUGAGAAUGAUUCGAUCCCUAGACUCCCACAGCUGCUUCUGUCCUCUCCUCUACUUCUUUACAUUCUGCAGUUUCUUUUCCUUUUUGCCGCAUGUUUUAAUCACCUAAAUGAAAUACCAAUAAAUCCUAACGCUGUUUUGAAUAAAAAUACAUGUACAAAUAUUUUUUUAAAUGAUUGAAAAAUAAGAAAAAAAUGGAUGCUAUCUGCAACAAGUUACCAAGUCCAGGAUCAUUGGCACGUGAGCAUUGUACAUCAGCCCUGGGCUACAUAAAUAAAUCACCUACAGUAUAGAGAGAAUCCAUUUUUAAGAAUAUAUAUUAUAUAUAUUUGUAUGUGUUAUACCAGUCAUCACAAAUUGUAUUGUUUUUUCCAUUUGUAAAUUAUGUUUAAAAAAAAAAAUGUUAGUCUGGAUAAGACCUAGUAGCUCUGGGAUGUGCUGAAUUGUCAGUAUAAUUUUUCCUGGAUUAUUUGAGGGCUCUCAGAUGAUAAAAUGGCAUGAUGAUAUUUAAAACGUGAAAUUAUUUCCUUGUCUGAUAAACGAGAGAAUAGUCUGUUCUUUUUAACAAAACCAAUCCUGUCAGGAAGCUAACGCCGACCAGCGAGUACAGCUAUGUAUGCUGCAUGAGCUGUUGAGCCCUGUAAAAGGCCAGCCACCUUUUGAAGCCAAUGUAUUUAUUGCAGCCAUUUUACUCUUUGGCAGUGAAUGUAGCUGAGUCCAUAGACAUUGACAUGAGGGAAGCAAGGUCGGAGAACUGAACUACACAACUGCAAGGGAUUUCCGAGAAGUGCUGAAUUUGUAAUGGUGUCAAUAUAAAAUUAUAUAGAGAUGUAUGAAAAAUAUGCAUAUAGUACAUACAUAUUCAAACACGCAUACAUGAACAGCUCCCUCCUUGUUAGACUCGCAUAACAAGGUGAGUUGGAUAAUCACAUGAUGGCGUGAUAAACAGUUUGAGAAAUUUGAGUGUCUUUUAU